AUGUCCCACUCCGCCCCUACAACGCAUACAACGCACCUCCCCUCACCCUUCCCCUCCGCCCCCUCAUUCAACUUUCACCUCACCCUCCUCACCUCUACAUUAUUCAUAUGGGCUGGAUCAGGACCCGCGUCCGACUCUGAAGGUCCUGGCUCUUUGCCGGGGGGUGGGAUCGGUUUAGAAGAGAGCGGUGCCGGAGAGGUGGAAGGCGAAGCACAGGGAGCAGGAAAGAGACUGGAAGGAGAAGGAGUGGAAAGGCGGCUGGCUGGGGACUGGGCUGUUGCUAUGCCUGCCAGAGGAAAUAUACCGGUGACGGCGACACGACUGUUCAGGAGCGGGUCUACCGAUAUUGCUCUACCAAUGUCUCAGCGUCUUGCCAAAAAGUUCCCCGCCCAUCAAGUCCACCUCUCCCUCUCCCUGCCUCCUUCCCUCACCCAACAAAGCGGAUCAUCCAUAGACCCGUAUGCUAGCAAGAUCUUGCUGGUGAUGGAGAAGAAGCUGGGCGUCUGGGUUGGUGAAGUGUUGGCAGGGGAGAAGGGGCAAUGA